CUGCAUCACUCCAUCCUGCAAAAUAAAAAGACUGAUCCACGGGUCCAAAUAAAAGGCGCGUUUCCAAGCGAACUUACAAUGUAUUCGAGCAAAAGCGAAGGGCCACGCAGAGGAAGGUCAUUUGACUCAAUGAACCUCGGCUUGUGUUUGGAAGAAAAGCAACUUAAUAAUGAGAUGAACAAAUCAACCUUUCCUAAGAUUGAUGAGAACAAAGAUAACAAAAGCGUGUGUAAAGAAAAGGGUCGUGCAGCUAUAGUAUUCACACUGAAGAAUGAAGUCGGGGGGCUCGUGAAAGCACUGAAACUGUUCCAGGAAAACCAGGUCAAUCUUGUGCACAUCGAAUCCCGAAAGUCCAGGAGGCGCAACUCAGAGUUUGAGAUCUUGGUGGACUGUGACAGUAACCGUGAGCAACUCAGUGACAUCAUACAUCUGCUGAGUAAACACGUCAACGUGCUCGAGCUGGACACACCAGACAACCGACUGCCGGAAGAGAGCGAAAUGGAGAAUGUACCUUGGUUUCCCAGGAAGAUCUCUGAUUUGGAUAACUGUGCAAACCGUGUGCUGAUGUAUGGCUCGGAUCUGGAUGCAGAUCACCCGGGAUUUAAAGACAACGUCUACCGCAAAAGGAGAAAAUAUUUUGCAGAUCUGGCCAUGAAUUACAAGCAUGGAAAUCCCAUUCCCCAUAUUGAGUUCACAGAGGAGGAGGUGAAGACGUGGGGGGUCGUGUUCAGAGAGCUCAAUAAGCUCUACCCAACUCACGCUUGCCGCGAGUAUCUGAAAAAUUUACCUCUGCUCAACAAGUACUGUGAUUAUCGCGAGGACAACAUCCCACAGCUGGAGGACAUCUCACGCUUCCUAAAAGAGCGUACAGGGUUCACCAUAAGGCCCGUGGCAGGAUAUCUCUCCCCAAGAGACUUCCUGGCUGGAUUGGCUUUCCGUGUGUUCCACUGCACACAGUAUGUCCGGCACAGCUCAGACCCUCUCUACACACCUGAACCGGACACUUGUCAUGAAUUGCUGGGUCACGUGCCUCUUUUGGCUGAGCCCAGCUUCGCACAGUUCAGUCAGGAAAUUGGACUUGCGUCACUUGGAGUAUCUGAUGAGGAAGUUCAGAAAUUAGCCACAUGCUACUUCUUCACUGUAGAGUUUGGACUCUGUAAGCAGGAGGGAAAGAUGAGAGCAUAUGGCGCAGGUCUGCUGUCCUCCAUCAGUGAGCUGAAGCAUGCUCUGUCAGGGAACGCCUGCAUCAUGCCCUUUGACCCCAUAGUCACAUGCAAACAGGAGUGCAUUAUAACCACAUUCCAGGAUGUCUAUUUUAUGUCAGACAGCUUUGAGGAAGCCAAAGUGAAGAUGAGGGAAUUUGCAAAGACAAUCAAGCGACCAUUUACGGUGCGUUAUAACCCCUAUACACAGAGUGUGGAUGUGCUGAAGGACACAGCUAGCAUCAACUGUGUGGUGGAGGAACUGAGACAUGAGCUGGACAUUGUGGGAGAUGCUCUGAACAGGCUCAAUAGAAAGUGAAGCAUCUGAAUAACAUUUUCCAUAUAAAGAUAUAUACAUGUUCUGCUUUAUAUAUACAACAAUUUCUUCAAAUCACCAUGAUGAUUUUUCAAGGCAAUCAAAGGAAAUUCCUUGAGCUGUUGUUAACUAUUGAUUUAAAAAUACUAACAUUGUGUGUGUGUGUGUGUGGGCUUGACGGGGGGGUGUUGAUGCAUGGUGGCUUUGGGGGUCUGGGCCUAGGGUAUGUUCCUGCCUCUACCCUGUAUGUGGUGUUUGCAUGUUUCCCUGUGCUCCAUGGUUUCCUCUGGGUACUCCAGUGUUAUCCUGUCCAGCAUGUUCCCUGUCUUGAUAGAUUUCAGGGCCUUGGGAUAGAUUCCCUGUGACUGUGUAGGAUAUGCAGUACAGACAAUGGAUGGAUAUAUAUAUAUAUAUAUAUAUAUAUAUAUAUAUAUAUAUAUAUAUAUAUAUAUAUAUAUAUAUAUAAAUAAUGCACAUGACCAUGAUUUUCUCUUGAAAUAUGUCAUGAAGGAUUUGGGAAUAAAUAUGUCACUGUAUUUUAAGGCACAUUUGUGUAAUGAUAUUCACUAGUAUUUAUUCUGAGCUUAUUGUAAUAUCUUUAGUAGAUUUAGUAUCACUUUUGGGCUUUUCCUCUAUGGCGGAAAUGAAAAGCACAUGUAAUAUUUUGUCUCUGUGAUCUUUAUGACUUACUAUAUUUCUUUGUCUAUAUACAUUCUAUCUUGCAUUGCGUUCUAUCUUGUUUGUCAUGUCUGAUCUCCUGUAGCUAAUACAGUCAGAGCUUUCGUUUAGAAGGACAAUUAUUCGUGUAAAUAUGUCAAGGAUUAUUUAAGGGUAAUAUUUACAAGUGAGGGUCAUUAAUGCUUAGCUAAAAAAUGAGUAAUGUAAAACAGCCCUACUGCAAUACAAUACAGUUUCAAAUAGUGAGAAUAAUGUGAUUUUAUUAGUUAAGAUGUCAUACAAUAUUAAAAAUACCUUAUUUUUGUAACAA